AUGAUUGGGCGUAGAGAAAGAGAAGGACCCUUGAUGCGAAACAACCCUCAUUCUCUACGAAAAUCAAAGAUCGUUACCGCUGUAGUAAUUGGUGUUCUUAUUGGAUGCGUCUUAGCUUUCUUCUUCCCCAAUGGCUUCUUUGUUUCUUCCUCUAUUGCCUCAAAUCCUCGCCGACCUGUUGUUCGAUCCAAAACCCAGGAAAAAUCAGCUGAAUGUGAAUCAUCAGAUAGAGUCAACAUGUUGAAAUCAGAAUUUGUGGCAGUAUCAGAUAAAAAUGCUGAGCUGAAAAAACAGGUGAGAGAGUUGACUGAAAGGCUUCGGCAAGCCGAGCAAGGGGAAGAUCAGGCUCAGAAACAGUUUCUUGCAUUGGGUAAACAAGAAAAAGCCGGACCUUUUGGUACUGUCAAAGGAUUAAGAACCAAUCCUACUGUUCUUCCUGAUGAAUCUGUGAACCCGAGACUGGCGAAGAUAUUAGAGAAACUCGCAGUUAAACGAGAGAUCAUAGUUGCACUAGCAAACAAUAAUGUGAAGGAGAUGCUCGAGGUUUGGUUCACCAAUAUCAAGAGAGUUGGUAUACCCAAUUAUCUCGUUGUCGCUUUAGACGACGAGAUUUCAAAGUUUUGCGAAUCAAAUCAGGUCCCGUUUUACAAAAGAGACCCGGAUGAUGGUAUUGAUACUAUCGGGAAAGAUGGAGGGAACCAUGCUGUCUCGGGGCUUAAAUUCCGUAUCCUGAGAGAAUUUUUGCAGUUGGGAUAUAGCGUUCUUCUAUCAGAUGUCGACAUCGUAUAUUUACAGAAUCCUUUUAAUCAUCUAUACCGUGAUUCAGAUGUCGAGUCCAUGAGCGAUGGUCAUAAUAACAUGACAGCUUAUGGCUUUAACGAUGUCUUUGACGAACCUGCAAUGGGUUGGGCUCGAUACGCACACACAAUGAGGAUAUGGGUUUACAACUCCGGUUUCUUCUAUAUCAGACCCACCAUUCCUUCAAUUGAGCUUUUGGAUCGUGUUGCAACGCGUCUUUCCAAUGAGAAGGCAUGGGACCAAGCCGUUUUCAACGAGGAACUCUUUUAUCCGUCGCAUCCUGGUUAUGAUGGGCUUCAUGCUGCAAGAAGAACUAUGGAUAUGUAUCUCUUUAUGAACAGCAAGAUUCUUUUCAAGACAGUGAGGAACGAUGCUCACCUCAGCAAACUGAAACCGGUAAUUGUUCACGUGAAUUACCACCCUGAUAAACUUCCACGAAUGAAAGCGGUUGUCGAGUAUUAUGUUAAUGGGAAGCAAGAUGCUCUCAAACCUUUCCCUGAAGGAUCAGAUUAG